AUGUCUGCUACUACUACCACUGACGCUCACAAGAUCCCAGACUAUGCCGCCUCCGACUACUUCAAGUUCGCCCUAGCAGGUGCUAUCGGUUGUGGUACUACCCAUAGUUCCUUGGUCCCAGUUGAUGUCGUUAAGACACGUAUCCAAUUGGAACCUACCGUCUACAACAAAGGUAUGGUUGGUUCGUUCAAGAAGAUUAUCGCAGACGAAGGUGCUGGUGCCUUAUUGACCGGUUUCGGUCCAACUUUAUUAGGUUACUCUGUACAAGGUGCCUUUAAGUUUGGUGGUUACGAAGUGUUCAAGAAGUUAUCUAUUGACACCAUCGGGUACGAAAAUGCUGUUCAUUACAAGAAUUCAGUCUAUAUGGGUUCUGCUGCAGUGGCUGAAUUUUUGGCUGAUAUCGCCCUUUGUCCAUUGGAAGCCACUAGAAUUAGAUUGGUUUCUCAACCAACCUUUGCCAAUGGUCUUGUUGGUGGGUUUUCCAGAAUUUUGAAAGAAGAAGGUGUUGGGUCCUUCUACAGUGGGUUCACUCCAAUUCUUUUCAAACAAAUUCCUUAUAAUAUUGCUAAGUUCUUAGUCUUUGAAAGAGCCUCAGAAGUAUACUACGGUAUUGUCGGUGCCAAGGAAACCUUAUCUGAUAUGACAAACACAGGUAUUAAUUUGUUAUCCGGUUUAACUGCUGGUUUUGCCGCUGCUUUCGUCUCUCAACCUGCUGAUACCUUAUUAUCCAAGGUGAAUAAGACAAAGAAGGCUCCUGGUCAAUCCACUAUUGGGUUGUUGGCCCAAUUGGCUAAACAAUUAGGUGUCAUUGGCUCCUUCGCCGGAUUGCCUACUCGUUUGAUUAUGGUUGGUACAUUGACCUCAUUACAAUUCGCUAUCUACGGUAGUUUGAAGAACACUUUGGGCUGUGGUCCAACUAUUACUAUUGGUGGUGGAGGUCAUUAG